AGUCACUGACGAAGGUAAAGGUCAUUACUCGAGAGGCGUGGGACAACCUAAAUAAAUCAACAUGGUGAAAGAAGUCGAAGUGAAGGGAUUCGAAGCCUUCCAGAAAGCAGCCGAUGAGAACAAAGACAAGGUCGUCUUUGCUUUGUUCUGUGGUGAUGUGGAUGAUCAAGGGAAGAGCUGGUGCCCUGAUUGCGUCGUUGCUGAACCUGUUGUGAUGAGGAAUUUGAAGAGUGCACCAGAAGAUGCUAUUUUGAUCCACUGUAAAGUAGGACCUCGUGAUUUCUGGAAAGACAAAAGCAACAUCUUCCGCACAGAUCCAAAUCUUGCCUUGAAGAGUGUUCCCACAUUACUGAGAAUUGGAAAACCACAGAGACUGGAGGAGGCACAGUGUGCGAAGGAUGCCAUGGUGCAGAUGCUGUUUGAGGAGGACUGAUUCAGAUCAACCUUGAACACUGAUAUGACCACAAUUAAUAAGAGUGCUUGUUGAUCGCUGACUCUGAUGUGGUACAAUGUGCAACUUGAUAUUCAGAAGAAAUGGGUGCUGUCUGACUGGCAACUUUGAAGUAUCUGAUAUCUUAAUCAUGUUGAUCGUGUGAAAUGUGGAACAGAAUUCCAAGAUGAUAGAUUGUUGUCUUUUCUCUCAAUGAUGUGACAAAACAACUUUCAAUGUAAAAUCAAUAAAUAUCGUCUUUUAA